AUGCAAGAUGAAAUUUCGGACUUGUACAUUUCUCUGAUCAGUGACUUGAAAAUAGUGUUACCUGCUAAAACUAAAGAAGUAACACCUCCCACCCAACCAUCUCUGCGACUGCCCAAAUUUGAGUUGCCCAAAUUCAGCGGUAUCUACGAAGAAUGGGUUAGCUACUACAAUAUUUUUGAGGCUUCUAUUAAUAGGAAUGAAACUUUGGCCCCUGUGAUUCAGGUGUUUUCCAAAGAUGGUCAGCAAACUGUACUCCGUGCUGUGCUCGACUCUGCAUCUCAACUUACAUUGAUAUCUGAAAGAGCUGUUCAGCUCAUCAGUGCCUCCCGUACUCGAGCACAUGAUGAAAUCCAAGGAAUUUCUGGCUCACUAAUUCAUUCUAGAGGAAUAGUGCACAUUGAUAUAUCUGCAGUUAAUGGUCAACGCUUAGCCUACCAUCAUCCAUGCUUGGUUUUGAAUCGUAUCACUUCACCACUGCCUCAGAUCCCAGUCUCACCUCAAGUGAAGGGAUCUUUAAAUGAUUUUGUUCCUGCAGACCCCUGUUUUGACAAACCUGGAGAAAUUGAUCUAUUGAUCGGAGCUGAUUUAUUCGCUCUCUCACUGACUGGUGAGCAGCACUUCUUAGGCCAUAACCUGCCCCAAGUUUUAGGAACUAUAUUCGGAUUUGUUGUAAUGGGCAUAGCUCCUGUUGCUAAAUCUGAGUUAUCAAUCCCAAAAACUGUUUCUUUUCUCACUACACAUGAUGGAGACCUUCACAGUUCACUUCAAAGGUUUUGGUCAAUCGAAGAACCCCCGACAUGUGUCAAGACUCAGUCAGAAGAAGAUGUUCUCUGCUUACAGCAUUUUGAAAGAACCCAUACACGUGAUAACUCUGGUCGAUAUGUUGUUAAGUUACCGAAAAGACCAAAUCAUCCACUAUUAGGUGAAUCUUGUAGUACAGCUCAACUUAGACUUAAAGCGAUGGAAAGAAAAUUUGCUGCUCAGCCCGAAUUCAAAGAUUUAUACUCCGAAUUUAUGGAUGACUACAUCAAAUCAGGUCACAUGAGUGCAUGUGAGCAACCCCUUUCUGGUGAAUGUUACUAUUUACCCCAUCAUGGAGUAUUUAAGGAGAAUCCCCCUAAUUCCAAAAUACGAGUCGUAUUUGAUGGUAGUUCCAAAACAAAUAAUGGCGUCUCCCUAAACGAUAUCCUCAUGCCUGGCCCUAAGUUGCAGAAUGAUAUUAGUGAUGUCUUGCUGUACUUUAGGUGUCACAAGUUUGUGUUCACUUGUGAUAUACGACAGAUGUAUCGCCAGAUUCUGGUGGCUGAAGAUGACAAGAAAUAUCAGUUAAUCUUUUGGCGAUCCAACCCUGAUGAAUCCCUUCAAGUCUUAAAGCUAAAUACCGUCACCUACGGUCUCAACUGUUCCCCGUUCAUUGCGAUCAGAACAUUACAACAAUUGGUCAAAGAUGAGGGUCACUCAUACCCCAAGGCGUCUGAGAUUCUAACUAAAUCAAUAUUUUAUGACGACAUCAUCGCUGGAGCAGAAAGUCUUGAUGAAGCUUUGUCUGCACAGAAUGAACUCAAGAACUUGCUCGCUAGAGGAGGUUUUGAACUCCGAAAAUGGAUUAGCAACGCACCCGAACUAUUGGACCAAGUCCCAAUUGGACACAAAGAGACUCCAGUGGAGUUAACUGAAAAUAGUGAAGCCUUCUUCAGUGUCCUAGGUCUAAAAUGGACUCCAGAGUCCGACAUGCUUUCUUACAAGGUUAAGGAUGUUGAAAUAAGUGCUAUACUUACAAAGAGAAGAAUAUUAUCUACAAUCGCUAAACUGUACGAUUUACCAGGGUUUCUUACACCCGUGGAGGCUGUACUAAACUCGAGACCCUUAACAGCGUUAUCCGCAGAUCCAUCUGACAUCUCAGCCCUUACUCCGGGUCAUUUUCUUAUCGGCACUUCUCUUGUGGCAGUACCGGAACCAAAUCUUGAAGAAGUUCCCGAAAAUCGUCUCAACCAUUGGCAAACCGUACAAGCCCUACAUCAACGCUUCUGGCGACGUUGGCAUCAAGAAUAUUUACAUCAGCUACAACAAAGAAAGAAAUGGGAAAAGCCCAACAAGAAUCUAGAAGUGGGUGAUCUCGUUAUAAUUCAGGACCCUAGAACACCACCACUACUUUGGCCUCUUGGACGCAUAGUGAAGACUUCGCCUGGAUCAGACGGCAUCGUCCGAGUUGUCACCAUCAAGACUCAGCGGGGAACCUUCUGUCGUCCUGCUACCAAGGUGUACCCGCUCCCCUGA